ACCAGCAGUUUUCUGCAGUGGCGUAGUAAAUCUGAUGCACACAGCACCGUGCGGGUUAUAUAACUCUACUCCUCUUUGGCAGCUUCAGCGCCACAGCUUCAAACAAUUACCCCAUCUAUCUCUUCCCUCCGAGCGAACGGUAGCAAACGGAGCUUUGAAUCGGACUCCUAGCUCACCGACCCGGACAAGCUGCACCCCUCCUCCUUUUUCCUCCGGCUCUUUUCCUGUUUGCUCCUCCUUCUCUCCCUCCCURCUUCACUUUCUAACCCUCUUGCUCCUUCUCAUCUUUCUCUUGUCUUGCCUGUGGAUGCCCUCCUCACGUACAGAAUGGACUCGGGAGGGGAAGGAGGAGAGGGUUGGAUGGAGGACCAGUGGGAAAAAUGGCUGACUCAUGACAUCAGUCUGGACGGGUUUGAGGAUGAUGACCUCUCGGAGAUUACAGAGAUCACCGACGAGCGUGGGAUGAGCCUCAACUGCAACGGCCCCGAUAUUAAAGGCCGUGUGAGGCGAGGAACCAGUAGCAUGUCGGGGAGGGUGGAGCUGGGAGCAGUUGGCCAGUUUCAGGCAGAAAUGCUGCAUUUGGAACUCAUUGACGGUGCUGACGGUUACCGCGGUGAUAAAGACACCUUGAAGGCAUCCGCCGUUGCAACCGCGCCAGUCACCAAGGACUCUGGAGCACCUGUUACCAUGGAUACAUACCGACCCAAGAGACCUACGACCCUUAACCUCUUCCCCAUCGUGCCUCGUUCACAGGACACAUUAAACAACAACUCAUUCGGAAAGAAAUACAGCUGGCAGGAAAAAGUUUCAGGCUCGUCCUCCCCUCUUAAAACAGGUGACCUCACACCUCCACGAGAGCACAGCUGUCUGAGCGACGAGGACAAGGUGCAGGGUGGGGCCGCGCAGACCAAAGACAGAGGAACCUCCACCGACGCCCCCUGCAGACACAGCCACACCUCGGGGCGCUCGCAUAGCUCAAGCUCUGGAGCCGCAACUCGCUCCAAGCUGCAGGAGAAACCACCACAACCUCCACCGCCGCAGAACUACACACCCGCUCCUCUGUACCCAACGGGUAAGACGGACAGCUCGGGCCACCGAGAAAAGAUUCGCCACCAGGCAGAUGUUCAUCUGGAACCCACAGAGGAGAUUUAUCUGACUCCAGUGCAACGAUCAGCGGACCCGUUGGAACCCCCCAAUGUUCAGGACCGACCUUUUCUCUCGCAGCAGACUGAGCAAGGGCGCAUGUCCAUAAGCUCGGACACAGAGGGACCGCCUCCUUAUCAGCCCCUCCCAGACCGGACCAACCCUUCCAUUUUUGAGGAGGACGAGCUCUACGUCCCUCCACCUUCCUAUGCUUCCUGUGUAGAGUCUCUCAUCACACCACCCAACAUGUCUGUUUCAGCACACGGCUCUGUCGCACUAGACCUCAGCCUGAAGGGGACAGGAGCAGGGGCCAUGCUGAGGGCUGGCUCAUCGGUAGAAUAUGUGGACGCCACCGAUGACAGCUACUGUGGUGAGGAUGAGGAUGUAGACAGAAUAAUGAUGGACAGGAAGAUGACAAAGACAGCAGGAAGUGGAGACGGUGGUGGCAUUAAACCUGCCAUACUAAGGACUACCAUGAGCUCCGAAGCCAGCAGCCUAACAUAUGACUCUGUGAAAUACACACUAGUGGUGGACGAACACGCUCAGCUGGAGCUCGUCAGUCUCAGACAGUGUUACCAAGGCUACAGCGAUGACAGUGACUCAGCCACAGUCUACGAUAACUGCGUCUCCUCUCCAUAUGAGUCGGCCAUCGGGGAGGAGUACGAGGAAGAUGAAGACGAGGAACAAAACCAACAGACCGGAGCAGCGCAGAGGGAAGCCACAGCUUGCCUCUCUGAAGACUCGACACCGGAGGAAGAUCUGCAUUUCUCCAAGAAGUUCCUUAAUGUGUUCAUGAACGGUCGCUCUCGCUCUUCUAGUGCUGAGUCCUUUGGUUUAUAUUCUUGUAUCAUAAAUGGGGAAGAGAAAGAUCAGACCCACAGAGCAGUAUACAGGUUUGUGCCUCGACAUGAUGAUGAGCUGGAGUUGGAGGUGGAUGACCCACUGCUAGUGGAGGUCCAGGGAGAGGAUUACUGGUACGAGGGUUACAACAUGCGAACUGGUGCGCAUGGAAUCUUCCCCGCCUACUACGCCAUAGAGGUGAACAAGGACACCGACUGCUACAAAGUUAAGAGCAGUGAGUGGAUGGACAGAUACCGCUUGAAGUUCCUUGGCUCAGUCCAAGUGCCAUAUCACAAAGGAAAUGAUGUUCUGUGUGCAGCCAUGCAGAAGAUUGCCAACAACAGACGAAUGACAGUCAAGUUCAACCCACCUUCCUUCUGUGUCCUGGAGAUCAGCGUCAAAGGAAUUAAGCUUGCAGUUCAAGAGGAUUAUUAUGCUUGUGACAGAAGUAACGAGUGCAGUCACUUCUUCCAAUUAAAGAAUGUUUCUUUUUGUGGCUACCAUCCUAAAAACAGCAAGUAUUUUGGUUUCAUCACUAAACACCCAGCAGAUCAGAGAUUUGCCUGCCAUGUAUUUGUGUCUGAAAACUCCACCAAACCUCUUGCUGAGUCAAUUGGGAAAGCAUUCCAGUUGUACUACAAAGAGUUUGUGGAGUUCUCGUGUCCAACAGAAGACAUUUACCUGGAGUAACCCCGCCUUUGACCACAGCCUUGUACAGUACGCUGUAUCAUAACAUAAAUGUGCAUGAAGGACAAAUAUUUAAAAGGGGAUAAGAAGAAAAAAUGCCACUAACAUCUGUAACAAACUCACAAUGACUAUUUAAAACCCCUUAGCUGUCUUAAGGACACCGGUGUCCUCAUGGAGAAAUUGGAUAACAUGCAAGCAUUUUCAGGGUGACAAUUAAGGGGUUAAUUUUGCCACCCCUUAAUUUGACAAAAUGAAGGGGUAAGGAUAAGGUGUACACACCUUGCAUACACAGGCACUUGACAAUGUGUCUGUAUACAGACACAUUGUCAAGUGUCUGUAUACAACAUUUGUGCAGGAGCAGGGGAUGGAAAUGAGCCAAAGGAGAAAGAAAAUAUGCAACGGUGAGAGUCAAAAGGUGGAGUCCAUAAAUGCAAAGCACAACUGAUGUACAUCUGCAGCCGUGUUAACAAAACUUAGCCUGUAGCAGCAUCUCAGCAGCUCCGUCAUGAGAGCACUAGAUUUCUUCUCAUUUCAAAUGCACCUAAGGCAAAAAAUAUUCUGACUUCCGAAAAUAACUGAAUCAAGUUUCUUUGUCUUUAAAAAUUGAGGGAGCUGUACAGCUAUAUCAGUAAGAUAAUGAACACCAUUCAGAGUGUACAUUAACUAAAAAAAAAGACUGUGCAGAUAUUUUAUUUUGUUUUUUUAGGAAAUCUUGUAUAAGAUUAUAUCCACAAGCCACCGUAAAAUAAGGUUUUGAAAGCUGGCUAAAAGAUUCCAUCUGAAUUCUGGGUCAUAUUGAUGUUUGACAGAACUUGGUUCACAUUUUAUCAAACACACUGAUCGGGUCAGAUGUAAGUUACUCUGCAGGAAAAUGCCUGACAUUAUGUUUCAGAGUGAGAUGAGCAGGCAAGUAGAUGCCUGUUUGUUUUUCUUGAAUCAUUCCAGUUGCUGUUAACCUGAUUAGACGGGCCGGGAUGCUAAACGUGUACAGGUUCCAGGCUCUGUGUCUGUAUACAACUUUUGAGUGGAGAGAAGAUGAUGCAUCCAAAACAAAGAAAAUGGUCUUACAGAUUCUGUCGUCACACUUUGUAGUCUGCAGUGUAAUCACCAUCUUCUGUAGAUGUAGCUGAGUUGUACUUAAAAAAAAUUUCCAAUGAUUUAAAUCAAUAAAAAAAAAAAAACAGUAACACUGUGCAAUUACUGUGUAGGGUAAAGAACAUCUUUGGUUAACAAUGCAGGGCAAAGCUAAGCAGCUUUAACUUAUGUUCCAUAAAGGUUAAGUUAAUGCUUCACUUUUUGCUUUUCCUGAAUUUCAAACACACUGUGCUCUUUGUUAAACGUGACCCAAUCUGUUGCUUGAGGAACAAAUUCUAAGCUCUGUUUGUCUUCUUAUCUUCACUAGUAGUGCCUCUUUUAUAUCGGUUCAUUUGAAACUUUCUCAGUAAACUUAUUUUGCCACCGAGUGGGUUUAGUUUACGGGUUUGACUGAGGAUUAAGAAGAUUAAGUGUUUCACCAUAACUGGCUCUUUAUGCCACCAUGUUACAUUUGCUGUACAAUUUCCUGGCUCUUGAAGUUGAGCCUGAUCAAAGAACUUAUUUGACAAAACAAUUUUUCACCUAUUUGGUAAUUCAAACAAGAUUACUUGAGAGGAUUAAAACAUUCUGACAUCUGUUUGAACACCAUGCAGGUGCGAAUGUAAAAUACAGUGUAAAAUAUUCUCUAAAUAUCCAUCUGCUCUGUCAGUGUAAAUAUGUCUCAGAUGGGCUGGACAACAAGUAAAAAGAUGCUAAAUCAAAUAAAACUUACAAUAAAUGUAUGCAACCAAGUUUGUUUUUUUUACUUGUGCUUGUUGACAUUUAGUUUUAAUUAUAUUACAGUUUACAGAUUAGAUCAAAUUAGUAAAUUCGGUUGUCAUAUUCAGAGUUUCCAAAAUGCCACAACUGUGUUGAUUUGGAUGGAUAUGGUUGAAAAUAACAACUGUUUAUUAAUCGCAAGACAAAAAUAUGUUAAAGGCACAAAGUGAUUUUUGAAAGGGAGCGGGGCUACCUGGUUCUGCUCCAAAAUAUAAAUUACCCAAAUCAUAUUUCUUGUUAUCCACUUAAGAAUAAACAACUAAAUUUAAAACAUAAAGGCACGGAGUGGCAACUUGUGCAGGAACAAAACAAAGAUGAGCCUCUUGACGCCACGAUAAGGUGUUCAUUUCACCUUGUCAAAUGUUAAAGCAUAGGGAAGUUAAAAUCUUACCAAUGCCAGCAAGAACAUAUAUGAAAGGCUUCCUUGAAAGACACACUCUAAAUGCCAGCUUCUCUGGAAACGGGAAACUGAACAGGAAAUGAACAUUAGCUAAGUUCUAAUUAUCCUGAAGAUAAAUGGUAGAAAAGUCAGUGCAGCUGUAGAGGGCAGGUUGAUCUGACGUGUUCAACCAAAGACGGAAACCACCCAGGUGUAAUUGUUGCAGGGUGCUUACAUUAAUACAGGGACAGCAAACAAAGGAAAAUAUUUUAAGACGGUAUCAGUCCUUUAYGUAAAGGUUUUUACCAUAGCUUCACAAAAAGACGCAAAGUGUUAUGGAAAGUAAAGAGCCUUGGCUGUCAUACAAAAAUAUCAAAACAUUCAGUUUUUGCACUUUUUUUUUUUUUUUGUCGCCUUAUGUCCGACACAAGUCAUCUCUUUGGAGGGGUCUGUUAAAAUAUACAAUGGGCCUUGGUGAUCAUUACAGAAAGCCAGUGGAUUACUAUUUUUGUUUUAGCAUACAGUAGUUAAAGCAAAGUGACAUGAUGACAUUAAAAUGUUUUUCUACAUCUUGUCUAAUUGGAUCAUUUUACAGGUGGGUUUUUGCAUUGUAUACUUUACAAAAGAAAAGAAGGUAUGUAAAAUAAAGAUGAAUACUUGAAGACUACUUUUCUGUUCAGCUCAACCGUUACAUUUCUGUCACUUUCAACAUAAAAGUCUAGCUGACUUUCUUUUGUCCAAACUUCUUUUUCAAGAGCCAGUCAAGAUAACGGAGAGUUUACUGCAGUGGAAAUGAUAGAAAAAGAUGUACAAAGAUGCCAUAUAUAAAUAGUAAUGUAAUAUUUGUAAUUAUGAAGAAUAUAUUGUACUGUUUCAGUGUGUUGUAAGUGAAAUUUCUCGUUUUUGUUUUGGAUCUUUUCAGCUGUGAACUAUUCUUGAUUUAAAACUGUUAAAGCAGA